AUGCCGGCGCCCGUGGGCACGCCGGCCGACAUCGCCUUCGGCGGCGCCGUCGUGGCCAUCGGCGCGGCGGCGCUGCUGCUGUUUGGAAACGGCUUCAACGCCGGGCGCGACGACAACGACCGCGGGGACGGCAUGGGGCUGCCCGGCGCGCCCAACGCCCGCCGUGCCAGAGGGAAGGACGGGAAACCCCCCAAGUGGCCGCCGCGGAAGGGGGGCGACGAUCAGUGAUGCUUUUUGGGCGGUGGCGAGGGCUAGAGGAGGGGGGCUGGGCUGCGCGCUGGAAAUUAGAACUGGAACAAGGCUUUGCAGAUUCCCUAAAUCACUUUGCGCUAGCUAGUAAAGCGCACAAGUUGACUUUGAUGA